AUGGAAAACAAACGAAGAAUGUUCAAACCUGAUAUCGCCCUAUCAGUCAACACCACAUUGAUAUUCGACACCUCCACUGGUCAGCUCAACACCAACCCCGACCUCGAAGCCAACCCGAAAGACUUAUCAGCCCAUUCGAUCGGUAUAGUACACAGUGAAUCAUCCAAAUGUGAUUUAGGCUGUGUAUUUCCCGAGGACUACGUAAGAGUACCUCUAGACUUCCCGGAGGGAUUUAACGUACAGCUUACCCAAGCAGAGCUGUUUUCUGAUGAUUGGAGAAUUGUUAAAUCUAUCAUACCCAAGAUAGCUCCUUUGCAUUAUAUAGCUACCUCCUAUCAUCUAUCAAGAGUCAAAGCACCCGACCCUUACAUAGGAAGGAGUGGUACCAGUAUUGAACAGGGAAGGAUGGGUUGUCAAAGUCACCAAGAUAGACAUAUCACUUCGUUAGUAUCGCGAGAUACUUGGAAUUCCGGUUGUCCUCCUAACAAGUUAUAUGAAGAUUGUUAUGCUGCAAUAAGAAGUAGGAGAACAGGUAUAAGUAGAUCUACCAAUUUACAAAAUAACACUACCACGAUUCAUAUGUACUGGGUUGAAGUACAACGAUCCCAGAAGGAGUAG